GAACAUCAUGGAAAUGGACCACUGUUUGUUGAGAUGCAUUGUUAUCAAAAAAUUGCCAAACCAGAAAAAUUGAUUGAAUGGAUUAAGCAGAACAAAUUGAAAUACUUGGGAAUGUCUCCAUGUUAUGGGUCUGGCUCCUUCAUGUACAAUGGCUCUAAGUAUCGUUUUAUGGUGCUUGAAAGAUAUGACAAAGACCUGCAAAAGAUACUGAAUGAAAAUGGACGUGUGUUUCCUACUAAAACCAUUUGUCUUAUCGGACUAGCUAUACUGGAUGUUUUGGAAUACAUUCAUAGUGAAGGUUAUAUCCAUGGUGAUAUAAAAGCUGCAAAUUUGCUGCUUGGGCGUAAAAAGGGAACCCAAAAUCAGGUAUAUCUAGUUGAUAUGGGACUUGCAUGUAAAUAUGAGCGUGAUGGUAAACAUAAGGAGAACUUACCUGAUGCAAAGAAAGCCCAUAAUGGAACACCUGAAUUUACCAGCCGAGAUGCCCACAAAGGAUCAUUUUUCACGACGCAGUGA